CUCUCCACUUCCUCCAUGUACCUCGCCGGCACCAACGGCCUCGGCCCUUACUCCGACGCCGCCAGAGCGACGUCGUAUAUGAUGUCAUCCUGGCCCGCCCCGGAUGCCGAACCCGGCCCGCCCGGCUUCAAACGCACCUCUGAAGCACUCUACCAUCAGGCUCUUUUGGGUGCCCAUAAUCCGAUUGGGCAAAUGGAAGCUUGGUAUUCAACAAAUCCUUUAGCAAAACGACCUAGAUUCGAGAAUACAAGCUUGCCUAUUUAUCCACAGAGGCCAGGAGAGACAGAUUGUGCCCACUAUAUGCAAACAAGAACCUGUAAAUUUGGAGAGGGCUGCAAGUUUGACCAUCGUAUUUGGGUUCCUGAUGGUGGAAUCCCAGAUUGGAAAGAGGUUCCACUUGUUGCUCCAAGUGAGUCCCUUCCUGAGAGACCUGGAGCGCCAGAUUGUCCAUACUUUCUAAAAACUCAAAGAUGCAAGUUUGGUCUUAGAUGCAAGUUUAAUCAUCCAAAGGACAAACUGGCUACUGCGUGUGCUUCAGAAAAUGGUGAUGUUUAUGCCUUACCCGAGACUCCGAGAGGCCUUCUGAACCUGCAUUUCUACUUGAAAACUGGGCAAUGCAAGUAUGGUGCAACCUGCAAAUUUAAUCACCCAAAAGACAUGAUACCAUCAGCCACUCAAGAGAAUAAAUCUGGCGAAACUGAGACAGAUCUUAAGACGGAGGGCAGUGAAGUUGCUGUGAAGCCUCUUGUUUCAUUCACUCCAGCACUAUUACUGUUAACCGGUGGUGCUAGCUCAGCAGAGGUUCAUCAGCGGAGAAGCACAGCGGAUGAGUCGGAGUCAGCGGAGACUCUGUUCAGCGGAGCUUUGCCAGCGAGUGAAGGUUCUCAACUGAGGUUUGGAGUUCAGCGGGGCUUUUCCGACGAUGAGCUUCCUGUACGACCGGGUGAAGCUGAUUGUCCAUUCUACCUGAAAACUGGAAGCUGCAAGUAUGGGGCCACUUGCCAGUACAAUCACCCUGAUAGAUAUGAUAUCAAUCCACCUGUUGCUGCAAUCAGCUAUCCUCUUUCAGCGCCUUCAGUUGCAGGUUUUAACAUGGGAGUUGCUAAUCCAGCUGCCUUCACUAAUCAAACUUUGGCACAACCAACGGUAGGAGCGAGUCCUACUGUUUAUCCUCAGAGGUUUGGACAGGCUGAGUGUGAAUACUAUAUGAAGACUGGGGAAUGUAAGUAUGGUGCGCAAUGCAGAUUCCAUCACCCGAUUGAUAGGCCAGCAGUGGCGUUGUCAACAACAAAGCCAUCUCAACAAGAAAAUGUGAAGCUAACGCUGGCUGGACUACCUAGGAGAGAGGGUGCCGUUAUCCGUGUGUAUUACCUUAAAACCGGCACAUGCAAGUAUGGUGCAACCUGCAGAUUUGACCACCCACCUCCUGGCGAAGUUGUAGCAAUGGCAGCUUCACAAGCAAAAUCUGAUUCUAUUGGAGGAAAAGCAUAAGCAGCUGAAUCCACACAGGAAUAGCAGCAGUAGUAGAAUGAAGAAGUGGUGAUACCUCGAAGGAGGUCUGGGCAGAAGUAUUGCCAUCUGCCAUGGUUUAUAAAUUGCCCAAUCAGCCAUUCUUUAUGCUCUGCGUAUAAGGUGCGAGUGUUGACCGAUUCGAUAACAUGAGGUAUUUCGUUCUCCUGUAUUUAAGUGAGUCUCUGCAUGUAAUUUGUAGAUCUGGAGUAUCAGGCUGAUGUGUUUCAGUGCUAUGGUGUUAUGAAAGUUUGCUCUCAUUGUCCUCUGCUUCUUCCUUCUUUGACGAUAUUCACCCUUAAAAAGCUUCUUUUUCUUUUUUCUGCUGAUGGCAUAAUCAACCUUAUCCUGGCUUAGAUUUAUGACUAGUUUCAGUGCUAUUCCGUAGUGAAAAGAACAACUUUUAACCAAAAUAAAAGAAAAAAACAAGUUACUCGUUGGGAGAGUUUUCCAAAA